CACAUUUAAAAAAAAAAAAAAUGCUUCCUGCCUAAGUUGUCGCAUCAUAUCCUGCGAUUUGGAAACAAACAUGGUAAUGAUAUGGCUUGCUUUCACCCUGUCGGUUACUUUACAUCAAGUCUCAAGCUCCUCUUUGUCAAAAAGAGAAGACAAAAUUGCUAGCAGUCAACCUUUAGAUAAAAAAGAAGUUUUAUCUUCCUGUAACAAAGGAUGGUUUCCAUUCGAGGACAAAUGCUACCGUGUAGGCGGUAGAAAGAGAAUUGGAAAAUUGUCAUGGGAGAAAGCGUCUCAGCGCUGUGUAGAAUAUGGAGGACAUUUGGUUACGAUACAUUCCAAAGAGCAACAAGAUUUCAUCAGAACAUUCUUACUGUUGUCUGUUCGGGAAAAUGUAUGGAUUGGCCUUCAUGAUAGGAUUAACGAAUCAAGCUACGAAUGGGCAGAUGGUUCGUCAGUUGAUUAUAAAAACUGGGAACCCAUGGAACCCACGGGAAUUACAGAUGAAAAGGAAGACUGCGUUGAAAUGGUUUUUCGUUCAUUCAAACAACAUGGAGAAACAGGGCAUUGGAAUGAUAUAGACUGCAACAAUGAAAAAUUAUUCAUUUGCCAAACAAAAAAAGAUAAGAACAUUAAAAAAAACCUUGAUCCAAGGUUUUGUCCUGCGGAGCAGGGUGGAGGAUGGAAUUUCGAAAAUUCUUGUUACAACGUAAUUCCCAAAGCGAGGUGUUGGUUAGACGCCGAGGAAGAAUGCAAUCGAAAUUUUGAAGGUCACCUUGUAACCAUAACAGAUUUUACUGUUAGUCUGUUCCUUGACUACAUACUUCGCAACAUCACUAAAAGUGUAUGGAUUGGUAUUCAGAUACAAGAGAAAUUUCAGCAGCAAUGGUCAUCAGGUUGGUAUGUAGCUUACGAAGCUUGGGCCGAAGAUAAAGGGGAUUUUACCGAAGAAACUUGUGCAAUUAGAAUGCUCAACGGUAAAUGGACAACUGUCUCAUGUAAAAAAGAAUUCGGCUUUAUUUGCGAGGUAACAAGUGCUACUCCUUCUGUCCUAAAACCCCCGCUAUCGGAGAACUCAUUUUGUCCCGAAGAACCAGAUGAGUGGAGGGAUCUUGGUGGAGCUCGUUGCUACUAUUUUGAUACUAAAAGUGCUAUAACUUGGUAUGAAGCCAACUUUAUAUGCAUGAGAAGAGGUGGUACAUUAGUCAGCAUUCACUCACAAGAGGAAGUGGACGUACUACACCAGUUUGUCAGAUAUACGCAAUUCUCAUUGCACAUAGGACUCUAUCGUCAUAUGCAGUACGAUGAAGAAUUCGUUUGGGCUGAUGGUUCGAAUUUUGAUUUCACUUUUUGGGAUGCUGAUGAACCUAACAGCGAAGAUGAAAAGUGUGUGGAAAUGUUAACAGGAACAAUGGAAUGGAAUGAUAUUAGUUGCCAGCAGAAAAGAGGAUUUAUAUGCUCCAUACCCAAGAUGGCCCCUAAUGAUACGCAUCAGGAUGAAAAACAGAUAGAAGACUGCAAAGGUGGAUUUUCGGCUACGACAUUGAUCGGAGUCAUUCUCUGCAUUAUGCUCGUUGUAGCUUUGCUAUGCAUACUGGCUUACUAUUUUCGUCCUUGCGACAGAGAGCAAGAUCCUGCGAAGAAGGCAUCUGUUGUCACGCUACAAACUCCCUCUGGUCUAUCAAAAACUCCUCGGUACCGAUCGGCAGAGAUAAUUAUAAAAGAAGACAUGGAUUAAGAUGCGUGACAUGCUUAGUACGUCUUCGACAUUUCAAGACUAAAUAAAAAGUUAAAGAAAACACUAUUUUUAUUAAAAGUGAUAAGUGAGAUUUUUGAAAUAGAAGUUCCCUGGCUAAAUUAAGUCGUAGUAUCGGCAUCAUUAGUAAUUUAUUCAUCUUAUCAGUAGCUACAUUCUGUAGCUAAAUCGGUGUACAUUGUGUAUCGGGUUGCACCGGAACUGAUUGUACCAAAUAUGUAGUCACUUUUUCGGGAAGGGUGUCAGACUGCUGCUCAAAUUAUAUAGUACUUUAUUAGAGUAUUUAUUAUAUAGCGCUGAUGAGUCCAACUCUUAUUUUCUCUACAGAAUAGUUUUCUUUCUUUCCGUUCAUGGUUUUUGAUUUUGGAAAAGUGUGGGAAUAUUUUUUUAGCUUGCUAAAUGACCGCCUUGACGAGUUGGUACAGGCGACCUCUUAACUUACUUGUAAACUUUAUUAUUAAAUCCAAUCCAAAAGAUCCCAUUUCUGCGUACAGCAAUUAAGUAUUUAGAAGUAAAUCUGCAAACAAAAAAAAUCUGCAAUGUUUUGUCCAGGAUUCUAACUCCUGACCUUCCGCUAGAUAGCCGAGAGUGUUUUUAAUUGUACCACGAAGGUACGCUGGAAAGUGGAGAAAAUACCUGACAUGUAGACGCUUUGAAUCAUUGUACCAGCAGCGCUAGGUGCCCAAAUUUCGAACUUUGAUAACAACUAUACUUCAGUAUUUUACUUCAGUAUUUCGCCGCUUAUUUUAAGAAAAAAAAAAUCCUCCUCAUCCAGUUUUAUUCUUGAUAAUGCAUAGGCUACCAUUCUUUCCCAGGAGCAUAUUGAAUGAUUAACCUUGAAGAACCAAUCUUGGCGAUAAAUUCUGAGGUUAACCUACAAAUUACUAUUUGGAAAGCUUAUUCUAGUCUUUUUCAGAAUAACAUUUCAUCCUCCACCAUAAGUUUAAUGACGGAUUUUCUGCUAUUCGCUUUAAUAGUUUCGAUAUAUUAUUCCGAUGAAAUUCUGUUGGCACACACUUUCCUAAAUGUGGAUCUAGCUAUUAGGAUUCAGAUUUAGAUAUAUAAAAGGAAUUUUUUAUUCCGGAUCUUUUUUUUUAAGAGGAAAAUUAAAGGGUUCUGCUUUUAUGUUUAAUCUUCCAAACAUUGAAAAUUAUUCAAGAGCUGUAAAUUAUAUUUGUUAUUUCAGAUUCUCUAUGAAAAUAAGUCUAAUUAACUCUUUGGAUGAUAUUUUUUUCUUUUUUCCAAUUCCCAAAGUUCAACUUCCUUUGGACUUAAUGUAUGGUUAAUUAUAUUUACCAUCAGCAUUAGCUUACUUGAAAGCUCCAUUUGAUUUAAAUUAUUAGCAAUUUGUGACAUAAUAUAUAAUGUGGCAUAAUAAUACAUAAGUUUUAAAUUAAUUCUCUUCUCAUAUAUUACUCUUAGCCUGUAAUGUUGAUCAUUACGGUUUCAUCAAAGGCGAUGCAUGUUUCUCCUUCGGCAGAAUUUCUUACAAACAUUCUAUUGUAUUUUAUUGUACAUUUACAAAAUUGGAUCUUAGGUCAUUUAAGGCUAGACUCUCAAUACGUAGAUUAUUUGGAGAUAAGUUCCAAACUGUGAGGUGUAACUCUUACAAUUUAGUUAAGUUAGAAGGGGGAAAAAAAAGCUCAAUUUAAGACAGAAACAGAGUUAGAUUGAGGACACCUUUAAACGAAUGCUAAAAUCUAUCUCCGUAUCUGGUUUGAAUUUGUGUGUGUGUUAAGUCCUCGUGAAAUUCAUACUAAAUUUCGUAAUUUCAUCUAAGGAAAUACACGAAUCUCUGUUUUAAUUCAGUGUAAAAUGCUGGAAACCAAAUUAAGAAAUUCAUAUAAAGGAAAGCAACAAAAAACCUAGAUAAUAGUUUUGAUAUAAUGUCGAUAAUCUAUUGUUUUGUUACAACUCACUGCUGAUUAUUAAAGGCACUUGUUACAAAAA